AUGCCGAGCCACAGCCACUCAGCGGCGGCGAUGCAGCGCCACCACGGGCUGCAGGGCCCCCGACCGGCGACGCUCAAGGUCACCACCAAGGCGGACCAACUGGGCAAGAAGCGGCGGCCGGUGAUCAUCUACGUGGAGUCACCCAAAGUCGUGCACGCGCAACCCAGCGAGUUCAAGUCCGUCGUGCAGCGCCUCACCGGGGCUCCAUCGUCGUUGUCAUCAGCAGCAGCAGCAUCCCUGCUUGUACCGCCACCGCCACAGCUCCUGCCGUCCUUGCCCCUGUGGUCGACGACGACAGUAGCGGCGGCUGCCCCGGCGGCCUCGUCUCUGCCUGAACCCAGCGUCGUUACAAGCCUCGGCUUCUUCAUCAGUGACGAUCAGCUCAUAAGCCCCGCGGCGUUCCUAUACGAAUACGAUCAUCAGAGGCAGAGGCAGAUGGUGGCGGCUGCUGAUGGUCCAUCAGCUGCGGCGGCAAAUCCAGUACUCCUUGUGCCGUCGUCUCUUGGCGCGUGCUAUCAAUAUCAGGGGGAUCUCUUCGUCAACCAGCAGUAA